AUGUGCCUGUGCCACAAGAGAAUUUCCCAAUUACAACUAGGGGUUAUUAAAGAGCUUUCUAAUGUGAAGCGUCUAAAGAUAUCUGGUGACACUUUCGAGGAACUCUUAUUUCCAGACGACCUUUUUACAAGUUGGCCCAUGUUCCAUAAAUUGGUCCGUUUGGAAGUGACUUCGAAGAUCUCUUUUUCUAAGGAUAAAACUUUAUUGAACUUUCUCAGAAUCUCACCCAAUUUAGAGACAAUUGUUUUUGCUAAGGGAUUUGUUGCACACCAAUCCAGCACUGAUAGUGGUUGGACAGCAGCUGUGGUGCCUCAGUGUAUGUUGUUGCGCCUCAAGUCCGUGAAAUUUUGCAAAUUUUAUGGGCACUUGGAAGAGGUCAAUGCUGUAAAGACAUUUUUGAAGAAUGCAGGAGUUCUACAGAGGAUGAUUAUCAGGUUCCGUCAUAGUUUAUCAACAGAUGAGCAGAACAAAGUAAUGAAAAAGUUGCUUAAAUUUCCAAGAAGCUCCGCUGGUUGUAUUAUUGAGAUCUGA